AUGAAUGCCUUUCUCCCCUCUUCCGUCCGCCUGGUGGUUCAGCUCUUUUUUUUUUUUUUUUUGGUUGGCGUUUCAAUUGCUCAGGCAGAAGAGGGGACACACACACAAAAGAAAAAGAAGAAACGGAGAGAAACAGUUGCCGUGGGCAGUGAAUACUCCCACGCCUCGGUGACGUCUGUCUUCAUUACACACCCACGCACACGGGGCGGCGGCACAGUUGACAAACACGAAAAAAAAAGGGGGAAAAUUCAGAGGGAAACGUUGGGCUGCGCGGAUACGCAGGGAAACGUUGAAUUUUAUCAAAUGGCACUUGUUCAUUCCCACUACGGCAGCGAUGCCAUUCACACGCGGCUCAACGAGGAUCCACCGUCAUCGGAAGAAAUUGAGCGCAGGCGUAGGGCGGGAUGUCUGCCGCACUCCAACCGGCUUGUCCACCGCCUCGUCGUUUUGCCCGUCACACCACCAUCGAUCUAUGAGGGCGAAACCACACAGUCACCCGUAGAAACGCAAGGAACGCACAAUGUACGGCGGGCAAAUGAGCGGGACCGGCAGCGACGGGCGCGGUACGCUAGUCUUCUCCGGAGUCAUUAUGUCCCUCUUGUACCGUUCUCCACCUUCUCCGAGCCCCAGGAAAGAUCCUUCAAACUCCUAACCAUUUCUAAAUAUCCAGAAGCGCGUAGACAGCCGCAAUGUGCUCAAUCCGAAGAGGACUACAUGAUGUGUGGAGGGUUUUAUCCUGGGCCCGACCAGUACGAUCAUCGUGGGGGGCCCAGGUUGGGCGUCAUGCAACAACAUACGGUGCAACUAGAGAGGGUGCAUUCGCGUCAUGUGGCGCCCCCACCGUCUCGUCUUAUUAACGCACCGGGCAAUGAAGACAUUCUCUUUCCCAUCUAA